UCAUUGCUCUGCGUGUUUCUGCGCGUUUCCAGUUCAGCCCCACUCUCUGUGUCUCCGCUACUUCGGCAACAACAAACUCUGAUCCGGGAUGUUGGGAACUCUCUGAAGCUUUCGCUCUGCAUAAACAGCAGCACGUCCCCUGGUUCUGGUUCUGGUUCUGGUUCUGGUUCUGGUUCUGUAGCGCAGGAUGGAUCCGGGUCUUGUUAGAUCCUGUUAGGGAUCUCUGCGCUCUCCGGGACUCGCCGCAGCCGUCUUGGACAUGGAGGACCUGGUCCGGCUCUCCGACCAGGACCUGCAGAGGUUCGGUAAGGAGGACCUGGUCCGGACCCUCAGGACCCUGCAGAGCCGCAACACGGAGCUGAUGCUGGAGCACGGGAGGCUGAUGAAGGAGGUGAACCGGAGCCUGCAGGUCCACCUCCAGGAGAUCCGCAGCCUGAAGGAGGCGAACCAGAAGCUGCAGGAGGACAACCGGGAGCUGCGGGAGCUCUGCUGCUUCCUGGACGACGACCGGCAGAAGGACCGGAAGGUGUCCCGGGAGUGGCAGCGCUUCGGCCGCUACACGGCCGGCGUGCUGUGGAGGGAGCUGGGGCUGUACCAGCAGAAGCUGACCGAGCUGGAGGCCGGGCAGGAGGCGCUGAGGGCGGAGAACGCCGAGCUGAAGGAGAUCGUCCUCAUGCUGGACGAGGAGAGGAACGGAGCCGGCUCCCGGAGCUCCAUCGACAGCCAGUCCAGCUUGGGCCACCUGGGCGGGCCGGUGCCGCCCCGGGACGGAGGGGACGGGAGCAGCGGGGGGAGUCCGGACCACCAUGCCCCCUACCUGAAGGGCUGCGGGGGGAAGACGGGCCCUCUGAGGAGGUCCACGGACGACCUGUCGGAGCACAGAGGUUCUGGAGCCAGUGAUAUAGCAGAGUGCUACAUCAGAGAGCUGGAGACCAAGGUGAGGAUCCUCGAGGAUGAAAACAAACUUCUGAUGACGCAGAACCAUCCUCGGACUCCCAGUGGAGAACCGCCCCCACCAGGCUUCUACCUCCCCGUGGGACAGAAACCUGAAGCUGUAGUUCAUGCUAUGAAGGUGCUGGAGGUUCAUGAGAAGCUGGACAGUCAGAACUUGAGGGAAUACGAUGAAGACCUCAAUGAGAAGGAGAAAGCCAUCGUCAGGGAGAUGUGCAACGUGGUCUGGAGAAAGCUGGGCGACGCUGCCGGCUCAAAGCUCACCGCUCGACAGCAGCUGUCAGGAAACCAGCUCCAAGGACCAGUACAGUAGCAGACACCGCCAUCAAACCCAGAGAAUAAUCCUCAGAUGCCAGUACUGGUCUGCAGUAGUGGAAAACGGACACACCUUUUACUACAUGAAUGCAUAAAGUUUCAACAGUCUGCGAAAGGACAAAAUACUGAAACUGCUCGCUGAUGCCACCAUGUGGACUUACACUGUAAAUACAGUUUUAAAUGUUCAGUUUUA